UCCCGGUGCAGACGGGACCGCGGCGGCUGGAGGAGGAUGGCGCUGACGGGGCUGCUGCUGCUGGAGUUCGGCCUGUACGCCUGCUGCUUCGUCUGCGGGAUCAUCACCGCCGCGUCUCUCACCAUCGUCCAGGGUAAUUUCGGAGGCCUGUGCAUGCUGUACGGACUCAUCCGCUACAAUGAAUCUGCAAACGCCAUCGAGAUCCAGUCGCCCAGCUCCUCCUCGCUCUGCUACUUUGUGUCGGCCAUAUCCGUCAUGGUGGCGGUGGUGUGCUUCUCCCUGUCGCUGUACUGGGCCUACUCCUUCUGCAUAGACGGGGACAUCAGAAGGGAGCGCCCGUGGAUGAAUCUGAUCCUGGUCAUAUGCGGCGUCUUCCUGUUCUUCCUGCUCAUCACCGGGUGCAUGCUGAAGAUCGGACGCGACCAGCUCUGCGGCUCCGUCGUGCAGCACGUCCCCAACGUCACCAGCUGUGAAGACGCCCAGACUAAAACGUGGGCCAGUCCGCUGAAAGGAGCCAGGUUCUACAACAGUCUGCACAAAGCGGAGACUGCGGCGUGGGUCAAUUUCUUCUUCUGGAUCAUCAUCGGCGCUCUGGUGAUCUUCCAGCGGCGCGAGAGCUCAGGGGCCAAGGCCAUCGUGGGGGGUUACGGGGGCUACGGGGGCCCGGCCGGCGGGCUGUUCGGCGAUCCCGGCGUGACAGCUGCAGAGACGGAGCCGUUCUUCAACCGCCCCGUCAGACCGCAGUGAGAGAGGGGGGGAGAGCUUUUAACAUGAUCAUGUGGAAAAUGGCGAACUAAGUGAGCGCGCGCAGGAUGCAAUAGAAGUGCCUUGCCUCGACGAGGAUGGGAUUCGAACCCACGCGUGCAGAGCACAAUGGAUUAGCAGUCCAUCGCCUUAACCACUCGGCCACCUCGUCACGCUUGUCAGUGCCUGUGGGGCUCCGCAGCGGCGGCGUGCGUCCGCUGGAAAACCGGUUCAACCUGUAAUCCAGACAUUCAUGUCUUCACUCACCCAUUUUCCACAUGAAUCAUCCUAAAGGCCGUUUCAGCUGACUGAGGAUUUCUAUCCUGAGAAAGUGUUUACACAAAUAAAUGAGAGCAUGUUUUUCUUUUUUAUAGGCAUUCCUUUUUCAGUAGUCACAUGAGACAUUUUCUGGAUUAUUAACAUUUAUGGAGAAAAAAAAAGAAGCUUUUAUGCCUCAGCAGCUGCAGAGGAAUUUUUUUAAACCUUUUUUUUCUGUGUGGGUGUGUGUGUGUGUGUGCCGUCCAAAUUUUCACUGACACCUUUAUAUUCUUUAUUUAUGAUGGACUAUUUAAUUUGAUGAUCCCAUCCCGUGUUUGUCGGUGCGAUCGUCUUCCUGCCAAAAACAAAAACACAUCUCACACUAACUGUCUCUGUUCUCUGAGGUGUUUAUCAUCUGACACCUUUUCAGGAAAUUCAGAAACCAGAUAAAGGUCAAAACAUGCCCUCCAUUUGGUUUUACAGUACUGAAACUAUUCAUAUGACAACAAACAGUCAGCUCACUGUGAGUUUUGUGUUGUACAAUGUCUCCCUCUGCUGGUCGAAAGCAGGAUUGUUUGUGAGAGAUGUGAUUUGAAAUGUGUUCAAAAAUGUGUUUCCUUAUCUUUGACUCUCAGUAUAAGACACAAACAGCUGUUGUGAUUUAUUGGAAACAAAAAAACACCUUUUAUGCUUGUUUUAAUUUUAAAUAUCCAGUCAUGCAUCGUCUCCUGGUUACUGAAGCACAUUUUCAUCACUUUGAUUAUUCUCCAUUGCACCAACAAAUUGUUAUCUCAAAAAUGUGUUUUUAAAUAAAUUAUUUAUAGAUUUAUACCCCAAAAAAGCAUAAUUCUAUCAGAAUUCCUCACGAUUUGAAGGUUAAAUAAACAAACUGCCAGGAAAAUGACCUGAGAGUCACGUCACUGCAGAGUUUGACAGAAAUGCAGCUGAACCUGUCAAACGUUCCACAGAUUUUUAACAUGUUAGGAUAUUUGUCGUCGGAGUAGUUAAAGCUAAGACAGACAUAGGUUAAUGUCUGGAUUGUAACUCUGUGUAUAGGCUCUGAAAUUCAGUCUGUUCUAGAGUUUGUGUUAGUGUGAUACAUCUGACACAACAGCAGUGCAGUAUUUGUGUUUGUUGUGAUUGUCACUGCUAUGUUCUUUUGCAAUGUCUCUUAAUUUCAAUAAAUGUGUGAUCCACUGGAUUAUUCUUGUGUAAUAAAUGGUUUUUAUGCACUAUUUUAUCACAUCUAAGUGUUGAAAAUCAUCUGACCUUUUUCAUAAAAUAUAGAGCAAAUUUUUGUGAUUUUUCUGAGGAGCAGCCAAGCCUGACUGUUCUUGAGUUCCCUCUACACUUCUUGUGCAUGUGUGGUGCUGUUCCCACACAGCUCCCUGUCACUUUUCUUAACUGUCUAAUCUCUGUGGAUUACCUAACCUCACCUGAGCCCCGGGGGUUGAGGAUUAUGUCCACCUCAGAGCGAGAGACGGAGAGUCAGGACCGGACAGAGGAGCAUCGAUGGGGACGGAGAAGCCAAGAAAGUAAAA